AUGCAUAUUUUUGAGGUAACUCUUGGCCCUCUUUUGCUGGGCAUCUUUUUUAACACCUAUCUCUAUGGCCUACUGACAUUUCAAUAUGCAUCGUAUUACAAUACUGCAUUCAACGACGCGUUAUGGAUUCGAUUAAUCUACCUCGCUUGGGUCUAUGCUGUAGAUGACUUUGUCAAUCCCUUAGCUUUGGCCAGUACGUUUCUACCGAACUUGUCCGCGGUCGAGGUUGAUCCUUUCUGUAUGUCAGGACCUGUUUGGCCUUACCCAGCAUGGGUAUUUGUAGCUACGGUCACGGCUUGCAUAACGCAGGUGUUUUUGGCAUAUCGGAUCCUCAGGCUUAAAAAGAGCGUUGCGUUAUACGCUACCGUGUUGGUUCUGGCUGCUGCCGCUUUUAUUUUUGGCAUUAUCUUCGGCGUCAAGGUCUGCAAUGUCAAAACGUAUGCCAUCGUUUCACAACGACUGAGUCUUGUCUUCGGCGCUGAUUUCAUAAUGACUAGCAUGAUGGAAACAGGGGGAAUGAGCUCUCUGAUAUCUGUGUGGCUUUGUCUGGAGGUCGGCGUGAACGUCCUGAUUACUGGUAUCUUAUUGCAUUCACUUUCCCAAUCACGAACGGGAUUUCAGAGAUCUGAUAGUAUAAUAAACCGUCUUAUGCAGACGACGGUACAGACAGGACUCUUGACCAGUGUUGUGUCUGUUCUGACGUUGGUUUUAUACCUUGCCGAUAGGGACACCGAGUUCUACAGCUUAUUCGGUGUACCAAUCAGCCGCUUGUACAGCAAUACGCUCAUGCACACACUGCUUUGUCGAGAAGAGCUACGUGGGAUGAUUGGUCUUCCUGGAGAGUCUACCCAUAUAACAUUGACGACCGAUAACAUCCAACUUUUCGUUCGCAAAGAGAUAGAGACGGAUGUCCAUAUUGACGAUUCGGAGUUGGCGAAGGCGUCACCGAGCGUUGUGGUCUGGCAUAGCGAACAUACAAUGGAGGAAAAGUGA